CGGUACACUCAGAGUUAUCGGUCUUCUUCGCGGCGAAGAGUUGAAAGAAAGCUGGACGAAUAACAAAGAGUAGACUGCUAAUUAAUUCAUCAUGAAUAGAGAAAUUAUCUUUGCAGUAGUCUGUACAUUAAUUGCAGCUGUAAAUGGAAACUGUGACAGAAAUGCAAUAUCAGCAUGUCUUGCUGGUUUGGGUCAAGGUAGUGAAAAUCCUCAGGCACAAUGUGCAACAUUCGAGAAUGUCAAGAAAUGUAUUGCACCACAUAAAGAUGCUUGCGCUGGGGAUCCAACACUGGCUGCCAUAGCACCUUUAGAGCAGAUGUGCAGUGGUGGUGGUGGUAACCCACCAAACAUUCCAAAUGUUUGUGCAGUUGAUGUUUGUGCCAUGAGCAUGCAGCAAUAUCAGCCAAAGAGUUCAGGUGAACCUAUUGAAGCAACACCAGAGCUUUGUGCGGCAGCGAGUAAAUAUAAAACUUGUGUAGAACAGGGAAAGUCUCAAUGUCCAGACUCCCAAAGUGUUACAAAUGCAGAGAUGAUGAUAGAAUCAUACAAAACAUUGUGUGGUGGAUGUACUGCUCCUAAAUUGAUGAAAUGUACUCAGAUGCUGGGAGAUUUGAUGACAGAGGAUUUUGAAGGAUUUCCGACUCAUGAGCAAAUUAAUACAGUUUGUCCAAAGCUGACAAGUUUCAAGAAUUGUAUAUCUCCAAUCAAAACUAAGUGUGACGCUAUGAAAUCUUCUCAAGCACAGCAAAUUAGCAAGGGUAUUGAGGCAGCUUUAAGUUAUACUGACUUAAUGUGUGGGGCUGAUUUUAAAGCAGGUUUUAUGAAGCAUGGUAUGGGGUGUUUUGAUAAAGCAUCCUUUAAAAAUGCAACUAGUGCAAAUUGUGAAAGCAUGAUGGCUCCUAAACCAGAACCAGAAUCUUCAUCUGCAUCUCCAGAACCAGAAUCAGAAUCGAAAGCUCAAGAAUGUCAGCGUACAACAUCGAUGUUUGAAUGUUAUGCCCAGCAGGUUGAAGCUGAGUGCGGAGAGGAUGCAGUAGAGUUUAUUUCAAAGGUUAAAGGCAGAUUCAUGAACGCUAUACUCGGAAACCUUAAUUGUCCAACAAGUGGUGGUGUCAGACUAGCAGCACAGACAUCAGUAUUCUUAGCUUUCCUGUUGGCAACUUUCUUCAUGUACUAGAAUACCAUUCUUUGGACACCCAUUAACAACAUGAAGCAGAAAGUUACACUGAGUUACCAUCAGUUGGAUAGUAAAAUGGAUUAUUUACCAAUGAAAGAAAAAUCUUAAUGAAAGUUUUUGCAAGAAUUAUUCAAACCAAUGCUUCGAAUUUCAGAUGGUGUUACAUAUACAUAGAUAAUAUAUUGGAGGAAUUAGAAUGGAGAAUUUAGUAAUUAAUGCAGUUGUCACUCCCAAUCUUGUUAUAGAUAAGUUUUGAAUAUGAAAAAUUUCAUUGCUAUGUGAAUUAGAUUUUUGGCCAGCCGAAUUUUUUUUUGUGGAUGGGUGGCUGUCUCUAUGGAUAUGUAUCCAUAUAUCUGUUUAUUUACAUUUUCCACUAAAAUUUGAAAAAAUGCUAUUUGCUUCAGACUCAGAGCAUUGACCAAUUUUUCCAAAAUGGUCACUUCUGUUAAAUUUUUUCUACAGUUAUUCUGAUAAUUGAUUAUUGUGAAAAUCAAUGUUGCUUAAAGUUGACCUUAGAAUUCCUUAGUUCCUCAUGAGUAAUUUUGUUUUCAAGACCUGAGAAUUUACCCUUAAAAACUUUAUAGCUCUUAGCAAAAUUGAAAUAAAACAGAAAUUGAAUAUUUUUCACUUGAGAAUAAAUUGAUUUCUGGGGUAAUUAUGGAAAUGUGCACAGUCUAGUGACUUAUGUUGCUUCACUUUGUUUAUUUUAACAGGUAACACAUAAUGUUUUACCACUUAAUGAACAAGUUAUUGAAAUGUGUGAUUGCAUUACAUGUGUUUGUGCAUAAUCAUGUAUGCAUCAGUUGAAAUUAUUUUACAAAUUUAUACAACUUUAUCAUAAGAUACUUAUGAAUUUACCUAAUUAUGCCCACACAGAGGUUGUUGUGAACGAAUUUACCUAAUUAUGCCCACACAGAGGUUGUUGUGAACCAAUAUUGUAUAACACAAAGAGGUUGACCAUGUGCUCAAAAUUUAUUACAUAAAUGAGGUGGAAUAAUUUGGUAAAGGGAGAUUACUCUUUAAAAUCAAUAAUAUGUUUGUUAUAGUCAGCUUUUUAGCACUACUGUAACAAAAGUACAUGUAAUGGUUCUGUGUUACUUAAAAGCUUAGAAUAUGUCUAUGAAAAUGACCAACUCAAACAUACCAGAAAUUUUAAAGAAUUAUGUCCCUUCCCUUAGUUGUUCCUCUCAAAGUAUAGACAGGUCCUUAUAUUUUACACUUAAUGCAAGGUUGUAACACAUUGUUGUGAAAUGGAAAACUUUCUUCACAAUAACUAGAAACAGAUCUGAUUAAUAAAUUGAAUACUCAUUGGAAAGGAAUGUUUUUUUCAUAAUUUUUAGUUGUUUAUAGAGGUUAGUUUGUUAUUGUAUAUUAUUUUAUAAAUUUACAAUACAUUUUGGAUAUUGUAUACAGAAGUUAUCACUGUUAAGAUUACAAGAAUAUCUUCUUUAUUUUAUGUUUAUUAGUUGAUAAAACUUACAAAACUAAAUAUAAGUUAAUGCAUACUUAAGUUAUGACUAUGAAGAUCAUAAGAAUUUUUCUUAUAAUAAUCAAAAUGUAAUUGCAUUUUUAUACACCAACUAGUCUUUUAACAGCAUUUUUGUUUAAUGUUUUAUUUUGUGUAAUUUUUUGUUAAACUUUUUUUUUAAAUGAAACUAAUAUGAGGAUAUUUUUUUUUCCUUUUGGAAAUGAAAAGUCUUGCACAGUUUUUUUGUGUAUCAUAGAUUCAGUUUGAAUUUGGAUAUUGUUUGAACUGAUGAGUUUUCUUUUUGAAUUAAGAAUAAUAUUUUUUUGUAAAGAUAACAACUACAGGGAAGAAAAUUUAAAAUUAAACAGGAGGAAGAAAAAAGAUUUUUGAAAUUGAGGUUUAAAAACAUUAUUGACAUUGAUAUUCCAGUAAGACUACAGACAUUUGACUAAGUUCUUUUUACGUUUAGUUCUCAAAGUCAUACAAUGCAAAAUCUUUCUGUCACAAGUUGGUUUAGAAAAGUAACUUAUAAAUUUUUAUUAUUGAUGAGUUGUAUGGAAAAAAAAUCGUGAAAAAAAUCAACAGAAAUAUGAAGAUCAAAUUAAAACUAAACAAACAGGAAAAUAAAAUUCUUGAAUUAAAAAAAGAUUACUUAAGGAAGAGUACAUUUUUAAAUACUGUUUAAAAGAGUUAGAAAGCUUACAGUCAGAUUAAGGCAAUUCACCGUUUGAGAAUCUUAAAACACUAUGGGUACGAAAAAAUGAAAAUGUCAUGCAUUUUUUAAAUUCCCAUUGUUUAGCUAUUUUUUUAGUUCUAAGCUAAACGGUUAAGUCUAUGCUUUUAAAAAUAUUAUUCAAAAAGUAUAUAAUUUUUGAAACGAAGAAAAAAAUAUAUUUGUUUCCUGCACCUGACGAUCCAAAAAUGUUGGGACUGAAACUUAUGUUUUGGAAUUGAGGCAUUACCUUUUAAAAAAAAAAAAAAAAAAAAAAAUGGAGAAUUGCCAGAAGUGGGAAACAAACAUAUUUUUAAAGAUGCCUUAAAGGUUGUAAAUGAAUCUGGUAUACAUGAUUUUUUUCUAUAUUAAUAAAUCUGUAUCUGUCAGGGACAGAUUUGUAUAUACAUGUACUGGUAUUGUUUUUGUACUAUUGGCCUCUUUAGUGAGUCCUUCACCUUUUAUGCCAUUAAUUGGAGGACUAUGGAUGUACACAGAAUAGCGUGCCUAUCUUGUGGUUGUUGUCUGCCUUAUUGAGCUAUACAACACAUCUCUUUUUUCACCUUUAUAUACAAAUUGCACAGUAUUGAUAAUCUUUCAAUAAGUUGAAAUUUUAAAGAUUGUUAACAAUAAGCGUAAUUUAUAGUUCUUUUUCAGAAAUUGUUUAUUUUAUUUUGUAAUUUUCUGAAAUGGAAACAUUUCCUCCAAUUAGCGUUAUCUUGAUUUCUUCUGAUACAUGUUUUUCUGUACAUCUUGAAUUGUUUCAAGUUUUUAGAAUGAAAACUAAUUAUAAAGGCAUUUAAACUCUGAUAUUUGAAAUUCAUUUUAGAUCUUCACUAUCCGAAGUGCAAUUCAUAUUGUUGAAAACUUAAAUGCAUGUUUUUUGGGGUGCCAUUUAUAGGUUAUGACAAUAUUUUUUUUACAAUUCUAGGCAAAUUUCUAGGAAAGUAACAUUAAAAGUGGAAAUUUAAAAGAUGAUUAUAAAUUACCAUAGAUUUGUUUUGUUACCAGUAGGUAUGGUGCCUUAAGUUUAGACCCAUAGUCCUUCAAAUUAGGUCAUUUUAUAUAAGUGCUUUGCAGUAGAUCUGGUAGUGGUUUAUUAGUGAACAGUUGUUUUUAGAUAUAGUAUUGUUAAUGUUGUAUCUCUUGGUUGUAGACAUAGUAUAAAUUAUUGUUGAGAUAUGUAUUAGUCUGUUUAAUACUGAUUUUACACUUUUGCCUGGUGCUUCACUAAUAAAUAAUUAUAAUUUGAUACUUUGGCUGAAAUUUUAUUGAUUAUUUUGCAAUGUCUUCCUUGUAAAAUUAAAGCAUAAAACCAUUUUGCAUGCAAUAAAUAGGUUUUUCAUUGAACACAAAUCUUGAUUGUUUUUAUACAAGCCUUCAAUGACUUGCUUGAUGUGCUUAUACAUUGUUUUCAAAAUUUAACUGAUAAUUAAGAAUAGUGGUCUCCUUACUCUCCUAUACUAUUUUAAUUGUCAUUCCACUGUUGUAAGACUUUGUUUGACAAUUCUAUUAGAUAGCUGAAAGUUGCUGGUGAUGGGAGCAUUGAACAACAGAUGUUAGAUUUAUGGAAUGUCAAUUUAUUUUUACAUUCUAUAGACGAAUUUUGCUAUAAAUUACACAGAGCAAAUAUUUUGGUUUUCUUUUUUCAGCAUUGAAUGAUCUGAAGACAAAGUUGAAUAAAUUUGCAUUUGUUUACAUUAAGUGUUUUUGAAAAGUAUAUAUUUUUUAUGUUAUUUAGUCAUAAUUAUUGAAGAAAUGUUGCUGAUUUUACUAAAUAAUGAAAAAAUUCUCUUAAAUAAUUUCCACAAAAUAAAAACCUUCAUGUACAAUGUCAACAUAAAGCUUUUACUUACAAAUAAAUAAACAUUUUUUUCAAAUCUCCGCCAAUAAAUGUUAAUUGUCUAUAUAUUCCUAUGGUGAUUGUUAUUUAAAUUUUUCUGCAAUAGAUUGUUUUAUCUUGCCUUAAUAUUGCCUUAGUGCCAUUAUGCCAUUGUAGUGCAAUACUUCAGUUGUUAAAUGAUGUAUUUUGCCUGAGUGGUUUUGCUUGUUUAUUGUUCAUUAGGUAACUUCAGAUGAUCUUGAAGAAUCCGACCUCUCAAUUUUUCUUCAUACAAAAUUAAAAGAUCUUUUAACAACUUGUAUGGUUUCACUGCACAAGGGAGAUCAAAUGUGGAAAAGAAAAAUGCAAAGAAGGUUUAACUAAUCCUCAAAGUGAUUGUACAGCUAUUCACUAAUGAAGGAAAUAUUGUAAUUGCAUUUCAACUAAUUAGAAUGAUAACAUUUAUUCAAGGAUUUCAAUGGAUACUUCAUUGGUACGAUUUCUAGCAAUGAUUUUUACCUCAGGUUUUGGUGAUUUGUGAUUCCUUUGUAGUUGUAACUAUGCAACAUAGUUUUAUAUUCAAUGUUUAUCGUGCUUUGUUGUACAAUGUAGCAUUUAUCCUCUUAAUAAAGAAAUUGUGUAAAUGUA